CCCAAGUCCAGCACACACCCGAAGCGCCGCCGCUAGGGUUUGGUCCGACAGCCGCGAAACCUAGACUUUACUGCUCCGACAGGCUGCCAUUCACUAAUCUAGCUAGCUCCGGUUGGGAGCUAGGGUUUAGCUGAGCUUCGGGUCGCGGCGGUGCGGCAUGGCGGGGUACGGGGAAGAGAACCAGAACACCAUGAGCGGGUACGAGGAAGAGGAGGAAGAAGAGGUUGAAGAAGUCGAGGAGGUGUACGAGGAGGAGGAGGAGGAGGAGGAGGAGGAGGAGGAGGAGGACGGGGAGGGGGAAGCGGACGAGGGGGCUGUAGCCUCCGAGCCAGCGGCGAUGGCGGCCGAGACGAGAAGCGUUGUUGGAGGCCGGGGCUUAGCGAAGGCCGUUGGGAAUGUUGAUACCGGUGGCGAGGAUGGGAGGGAUGCAGAUUCCAGUGGCGGUGACGCCUCGGGGAAGAUUUUCGUAGGGGGUGUAGCUUGGGAGACAACUGAAGAAACAUUCACAAAGCAUUUUCAGAAGUAUGGAGCUAUAACUGAUUCUGUGAUCAUGAAGGACAAGCAUACUAGGAUGCCUCGCGGAUUUGGAUUUGUUACAUUUUCCGAUCCAUCUGUGCUUGACAGGGUUCUAGAGGAUGAACAUGUCAUAGAUGGAAGAACAGUUGAAGUCAAAAGGACUGUUCCAAAAGAGGAAAUGUCAUCGAAAGACGGUCCUAAGACAAAAAAGAUCUUUGUGGGUGGUAUUCCACCAUCUCUUACCGAAGAUAAAUUAAAGGAGCACUUCUCAUCGUAUGGGAAGGUGGUUGAGCAUCAGAUUAUGCUUGACCAUAGCACUGGACGCUCACGUGGCUUUGGAUUUGUCACAUUUGAAAGCGAGGAUGCUGUUGAAAGGGUUAUGUCAGAGGGGAGAAUGCAUGAUCUUGGAGGGAAACAGGUUGAAAUUAAGAAAGCUGAACCAAAAAAACCUGGUGUGGGUGAUUCAAGCUCAAAUGGAAGACACAGUCGUGGUGGUGGUCAUCGUGAUUCAUACCGUGGUAGUGGUGGCAAUGGCUUUUCUGGGAACAGCAGUGGUGGUGGCUAUGGAUACAGUGGUGGCUACCGAUCAACUGCUGCAGCACAUUAUGGCAGCACAGCAUAUGGUGCCUAUGGCAGAGGGUAUGGAUACGGUGGUACUGCUGGCUAUGGCUUAGGUUAUGGCUCUGCAUAUGGUGGCUCCAUGUAUGGAGGUCCAUAUGGUGCCUACGCGGCAUAUGGUGGUGCCUAUGGAGGUGGUGCAUAUGGUGCUCCAGGAGGGUAUGGCGCGGGAGGAUAUGGCAGCUACGGUGGGGCUGGAGGCAUGGGUGGUGGUGGCAGCGCUGGUGGUCGGGGCUCCAGCAGAUACCACCCUUAUGGAAAAUGAUAAUCCAUUCACUGCCUUUGCCUUCCUCUAGGAUCUGAUAAUAAAGCUAUACAUUCCCACCGAGAAAAUGGAACAUUCCAUUCACCUUGUUGAAUCAGCGGCAUCUGAACAUUUUUUUCCUGGAACAAAGAUUCUAGUCUGUAGUCGCUGAACCCUGAACUGCCUCAUCCCACCCCCACCCCCUGAGCUUUCUGUAGAAGGUGCAGCUCAAAUUCUCGUAGGCAUGAGCCUUAGAAGACCCUUGAAACUACAAGCUUUGUGGUAACAAUAUGGUGUCAUGGAACAUAUGUAUUUUGAUGUAAAACAUUCGCUCACUGACCAGUGACUUCGCCAUCUCUGCUUAUGUAUGUAGAGAAGCUUAGCAAAGGAUUGGACUGAUACUAUUGAAUUGUGUGGGUUUCUAUUUGUCUCC